AUGCUACUGUUUAUCCGCAACUUGUCUAAAGAUGAACGUCAAGUCUUACGAAGCAUGCACGACAAGAAUUCAACAGAAGAAAGAAUGAAGGUAUUGGAAAGUCAACCAGAAAUGUUCAAAAAGUUUGCCAAAGUAGCGACUAAAACUAUGGUUGAAUCUCACAAGGGCUUGGAUAAGGUUUGUCAACACAAUUUUUUUAGUUAACGGGGAGGAGAAGAAGUAACAGAAGGGGAAGGGAAGGAAUAUGAAGUUGUUAUAUUUGUAAGAAAGGCAGAGUAAAACAAAGUAAAGCAGGGUAAGGCACAGUACAGUAAGGUAGGCUAGGGUUAGGUCGAGAUGGGGUAGAACAGGGUAAAAUUGAUAAGAUAGGGUAAAGUUUAUUUAUUUAUUUAUAUUUAUUUUUAUUAAAAUAAAAUCCUGAUUUUAGGUAUCCCAAGCUUUUAUCAGUGAAGUAACAGAAUUCUUCAUUGAAGUAGAUCUACUGCAAAUCGACGACUUGGAAACGCCUAAAGGUCGAAUUAUCGAUGGAAGAUUGGCCCGUUUAGUCAAGAAAUGGAACGUUCUGACAGAAAAACAAAAAGCAACUGUCGAUUUGGCUUUAAGUGUUCGGGGUUACUUUGAAGGUCUGUUUUGCAUAGUUUAG